AUGGAUCCGAUUAAAUACUUAUUUGAAAAUCCUACUUUGACUGGAAGAAUUGCCCGCUGGCAGAUGUUAUUAUCAGAGUACGAUAUCCAAUAUCGUGCCCAAAAAGCCAUUAAAGGAAGUGUUUUAGCCGAUCAUUUGGCUUAUCAACCCAUUGACGAUGGUCAAUCCUUGCAAGACGACUUCCCAGAUGAAGAGAUCAUGUAUUUGAAAUCUAAAGAUUAUGAAGAGCCUUUACUUGAUGAAGGGCCAGAUCCUGAAUCUCGAUGGGGUCUGGUAUUCGAUGGAGCUGUUAAUGCUUAUGGUCGAGAAAUUGGGGCAAUCAUUAUCAUGCCACAAGGAUCUCACGUACCAUUUACUGCAAGACUGAUAGAUUAUGCCCGAAGACUGAUGACCUUCUUCAACCAAGUUGAGUUCCAUCACAUACCUCAUGGGAAAAAUCAAAUGGCAGAUACAUUGGCCACUCUGGCUUCCAUGUAUCAAAUGAGGUUUCCAAAUGAAGCUCCUAACAUUAGAAUCAUGCGCCUGGAUAGGCCGACUCACGUGUUCAUUGUUGAAGUUAUCACAUAUGACAAGCCGUAG